AUGGCGGCUGAGAUGCGAAAGCUUUCUGCCGGUCUGUUUUUCGUAGCCUGUGCCAUCUUUGUGCCCCAGGAGAGCGAUGGAAUUUUGUUAGAUCCAACCUUAAUUGGGAGAGAGUUGCAGUUGUUUGCUAAUGAUGCUCUUGGAGUGGAUGACCUUCAAGUAAGACUGCUUCAUGUUUGCUAAUUUCAGCUUUUACUGAUCUUUAACUAACAACCGAAAUAUUCAAUGAUCAGUCUUCUGUCAGGUGUAUUACACACCAUGACGUUAAGCUCAGUUCGAUAAUUUGACAAAGUUAAUUACUCGUGUAAAUCUGAACUGCAGACUGUGCGUGGGAAGUUCAUUGGGCAUCCAUUUUGCGACAUGCGAACAUGAAAGCUAGAGAUUAAUUCCGCUUUGUGGUUUUAGAUUUUAGUGUACAAAACAAAUCGACACGGCACACCACCUUUAUAGAGACUUAAACAUCAGACUAAACGUCGCUUGGAAAGUGAAUUCGCGUUCUUUUAAUCUCCUUCGCGAAUAUUUCAACUUACUUAUUAAUAAAACGUUUUUCAAGUGCAGGCGAAAUCUCCUAGAUCCUGUGUCCAAGUUCACAAAGAGAAAUUUCUUCGUAGCCUUUUAACUCCCCUAUCAAAGUGAAAUUAGUCGUUUUUACAGGAAUGUAAAAGAAAAGAGUGCUGUACAUGCUGAGUUGUUGUUUUACCUACUGCAUGCUUUAAUUUCUUGAACCGUCCUUGUUGUCGUCGCUGUUGUUGGAUUUUAAGAUCCCUUCUUACUGAAAACGGCGACAGCACUGAUAAACGAUGUCGGCGAAUAUAUUACAGUCAAACCUCUUUAAUACGGACACCAAAGAGACAGAACCAAGUGUCCGCUUUACAGAGGUGUCCGUAUUAUAGAGGUAGGGAAUGUAUGAUUUUUAGCAUUUCUGGGACCAAACGAACUGUCCGUAAUAGAGAGGUGUCCGUAUUACAGAGGUGUCCGUAAGGAGAGGUUAGACUGUACAUCAUGUAGUCAUAUGUAAUCUCAUAUACACAACGGUCUACCUUAAAAAACGUAUUGGGCUUUCUUCUAGCUGGUAAGGACCAAUAUCUGUUGGCGGAAUUCCUGAAUUUAUGUGAUCUUUAAUUUUUUUAAUGCCUGACUGAAACCAUGAUAUCAGUGUCGGAUCUACUAACUUAAAGUUUAACAUGUUUCCUUUUUUUAAUAUAUUGAAGGAUAUUAGUAAGUGAUCCAGUCAGAACUGAACUAAAAUGUGCAGGAAAUCAGAGCAAAAGUAUUGGAAUUACAGCGUUAACGGUGCUCGUUAACGGUGUUGGUAAUCGGAUUCGAAAAUAUUUGUAGUUUAAUUCACAUUAAAUUUAGACUGACUAAACCCUUAAUGAGUAAAAAUAACUCGAAGUAUUUUGUAUACUUAUUUCCUAUUUUUUUUUUUAUGGUUCGCUCAAAGGGACACUGGUCAUCGUCAUCCGUGUACGACCAUGUAUGGUCAUAUUAAAAACGAUACGGUGAAUGACCGCGUCAUAAAGCUUCUAGAGGAGUAAGUUCACAGUUGGAGUAAGCCAAAAGACAAACAGCUAGCGUAUUUUCUCUUGAUUAAGCUAAAAACUGAGAGCUGAUUCUUCUCGCAAAGGACAAAAUUGCGACCUAAGAUCAUACGGCUAUAUUAAGUUGACUGUAAAAACCACGGAUUAAAAACGACGGUUUGACCGAUCUUCGGUGCUUUUCAAGUAAGUAAAAAAGAUAAAAGAAUUAGCAUAUAUAUGUGUAAGGUGUAAAAAUAUUUUAACUAGAACUAUAAAAAAUGUUUGAAAAUGAUUUAAGAAUGAAAUAACUCAUGCAGAAAAAGAGCACCAAUAGGAUCUAAUUAAAGUGCUGUUUAAAAACUUUUGUCUCAGUAUAUUAAUAAAAAACUUAUCAAACAAUAGGCAAUCGAAUUUGCUUUUACAGUUCCUUAAAAUGCUAAAAUUAUUACUAAGAUCUUUAGGUGCUGAAGAAUGUUUAACACGGAAGUGCUGGCCGAUGGAUGAAGUUGCUCUUUUGAGUUCGUCAAUUCGCUGGCGUAAGUGGGGCACAGGUCACAUUCAAAUUUGUAAACAAGGCAUUGCUGGUUGACAAGAGGUGGCUUAGCUUCUCGCAAACACUGGAGACACGGUCGUGUGAAUUUUGUGACUCAAAUCCUGAAGCUGACGUCGAACAAUGUCAGCCGAGGACUGGUCUUUAAAUGGUAAAAUAACACUAACAGGGUCAGGUGAAUCAAAAACAGCCGCGAGCGAUGAAACAGGUUAUAGUAAGUUCGCAGCAAAAAUGAGCGAAGAUGGACUAAUUAGAUAAAUGUUUCACUGAAAUUUGGGAAAACGUCUUCUAGUCAACUGUAUUCGCCUUAUUUUGUCGUUUUUGUAUGCCGGCUCUUAGCAACGGCUUUAGAAUACGGCCUUUUAAUCGUGUCCAUGUGUUUUCAGAAACCGUCAAUUAAGCAAAACAGGUCAUUUGACUUAACAAAUAUACUAAUAACUGAUAAGGCAUGAAAUGAAUUCCGCCUUAAAAGGCGGAAACAUGUUAAGAACGAUCUGAAGGCCAUUUUGACAUCCAAAAGCUUGGAAUUUUUAAUGUGCAAAUGUCCCCCGUUUGAAUAGCCUGCAGUGCAGUCGUAUUUUGGGCGGACGAAAACUUGCUUAUGUUCGUAUUGUUGUAGCCGCUAUCUUUGAUUUCGUGACAAAGAAAAAAAUUGGGGAGAGUAGAAAUAGCAGCCCUUAGGGUAGGUGCCAGGGCGAAAGAAGGAAAGGAGGAAAGGGGGAAAGGGGAGGCGAGAAAAUAGAAUGCUGAAUACUGCAAAUAGAAUACAUUACUGCAUGGAAUCUUGAACUAACGGCAAUCCAACUUCUUUACAAAUUUCGGCUUACACAUCCCCGAAGCGCUUCUUUCGGUUUGAUGGCCUGAAGAGAUUUUCUGAAGAAGAAUGGCCUUGCAAGGAAUGAAACUAAAUACAACGUGAUUCGUUCAAUGUGGACCACAGCUUACCGGUGAAGGAGGAAAUCAUCACACUUUUCUUUAGAAAAUUACCACACUUUUUCUUCUCGGGACUUCGUGCCUCGCUCGGAGAGGUUCGCUUUCCAAGUGCAUUGGAUAAUUUUCUACCAGGUCUGCAACACGAUCGCAUGACAGUCUGAUAGGUCAAGUUGAUAUUCGAUUCUACGGUAAACAAGACGCUAAGGAGCGUAAACUUUGGGGUCGUGGCUGUGGAUUAAUAGUGAAUGUUGAGGAAUGGUAGGAAAUGAUAUUUUUCCCGAUACCCUUCCAAGCAAAUACCCUUAUUUUUCUGCUUUUCUUUUACAGACGUCUUAACUUCGCGAUCUUCAACGGACGUCUGCUAGGUGGAUGAUCCCGUGGCUGUAAUCCAAUUCAAUCAUAAUUUCUGUCAUAAAUAAAUUGCGCACGACGAGAUCUCAUGAGUUCCGCUUCCUUUAUUUGCUCGACAACAACACUUUCCUUAUGUACAGUUAACUCCACACCUUCUCCAGCAACGUAACUCUCAUCAAUAAACUCCUUACAAAACUUGCUGAAAAUGCACAAUCUCCGCUUCAUAGCGUGGAUAAUUCAUGUACAAGAUCGCGACAUAAAUUAUUACAUGGAAAACAAUAACACACAAUACAAAAAACAAGUAUAAAACACCUACUCUUACAAACAAAACGACAAGAAGAACAAUGAUAAUGAUGCCUAUUCACAACGGUUAUACGGUCGUGACAGCGUUUUGCUUCCCCUUGUUGACAAUCUAUAUAUCGCUUUCCGAAACGCUUCGUCCAGACGCAACGCAAACGACCGCACCUCUUUCUCUUUCGAAUUACCCUUGCUGCAAUCCUCUCCAGUUGUCGAAAUCUCUUCACUCUUAAACUUUAUACACAUUUCUUUAGCCAAACUUUUCUCCAUGUAACUUGUGUAAUCUUCACUUUCCAAAAACUGAUUUCGUCUAUUUGAGCAUAAUUGUCUUUGACUGUCUCAAUAAUUUCCUUUCAUUAAGGUGUUUUUCAGAGGCUAUACCAAUAUUUUUCAAUCGCUUUAAAAGUGAUUUUAUCCAUGUCUGAUCGAUCUAACGGGGCAAAGAUAAGUAACUACAAACCAAACGGCGAGCAAAAAGUAAUAUUUUUUUCUUCCUCAGAUAAACUAACAACUAGAAUUGAUCUCGCGAUAUUUCCAACUCAUUCCGGUGUCAAUACGUCAAAUACCCAAAACAAGCCGAAAAGUAACCGACUUGGGUGGCGAAUCUUUAAUCGUACCUCGUGCAUAACUUAUGGGUAUUUUUUCAGGUUUCAAAUUACCUUGCGUCGCAGUGGCGCAAUCGGCUAAUCCCUCAAUUUCGGGACAUUCGGAAGCAACUUUGGUACCUCCGGAUACAACUUUGAAACAUUCCUGAGCUGCACGAAUCCUUUACUUCGCGCUCCGCCGAAGUAACAUUAGGGACCUUAAGAUCCAGAAAGGGAGCAAGGACGACGGCCGACCGGAAGUUGUUUUCCCAUAAGAAGCAUGCGCAUUAGAGAUCUGGUUUGUUUUCAUGGUUGCGUGACCCCGUCGUGACUCCGUCGAGGACGGCAAAAACACCAGUUUGACGUUGUGCCCUCUGUGUACUUCAAUUUCUUUGGUUUUCUCAGAGAUUUAGUCCUGUAAACUCGUCAUGAGCUCUGCUCAGUUUGUCUCGACCCCUUCCCCGUCAUGUUCAAAGGAAACAAGCAACAAAAAGCCAGCGUAAGCAAAUAUUUUUGUUGGCUCGUUUUAUGUUUGUUGUUGGCUUCUGUCGUGCAGAUGUUGCAGGUGUGAUUUGUCUUUUCCUGUCAUUUUUCUGCUUUCAAUCAGUGUUUAAUGCUUAUAUAAAUACCACUUUCAGAGUCAUUCUUUUUUAUUGAGUUUCUACUUGCGACUGUCGUACGGAGUUUAUAUUUUUCGUGUAUUCCGCGUGAAAGAGAAAAACAACUCCAAGCGACAAACUUCCCAAGAGUGUUUUUCCUCCCUUUAUAAAAAUAAGACUACUUCUGUUGUGUUUCUGUGGAGUUUUGACUUGAAUUGCUGAAUAGCUGUCUCAACCCGGCUUUUGUCAAACCUUUCAAUUUCCUCUCCAGUGGCGUGCGUUUAUCAAAACUCCGGAAAACAUUUCGGGACCGAAAUUUUUCUUGUCGGUUUUCUAUUGAACAACUGCACUUACUAGUGCCAAUAUUUUUGUAUUAAAUAUUUUCUUGUAUACAACCAACCUCUUCGGCAUUUUUUCGUAGCUCGAUAGCUCUUUGUCUCUUCCCUUUUCACAACAAAGUUUUAAAAUAGGUCUCACUGUUCCUCACACUUGAAUAUGCUAAAAUUACACAUCAUGCAUGUGUUUUUUAACUUCCUACACAGUUCACUUAUUAUAUUUAUUUCUUAGCAUUAUAUUUGUUUCUUACUACCAGUGGGGCUUACCUUUCAUCGUAAGGCGUUUCUUUGUUGUCCUCUAUUAAUAUGAUAGAGUUUUUGUAGAUUGUGUGUUGUUUCUUUCACUACUGUCAUUGAUAGUUUAUUUACUAUGCCACAUUUCGUAUGACAGGAUGUUCUGGACAGAGGAACAUGAUGUCAUUUUAGUCAGAGAAAUGCUAGCGAACAGCCCCUUUGCUGGCACAAAACGUGGGACAGUUCAAAGAGGUCGGAAGUGGAACGAAAUCUCUGAGCGCCUUUUGCAAGUAGAAGCCCCCAAAUUUAAGGUUGACCAGAGAGGUGUUAGAGAAAGGUAUGGUCUACUUGCCAAAGCAUACAGGAGGAAAAUUAGAGAGGAGGAAAGAGCAAGUGGGAUUAGCACCCCAGAAUUGACAGAGGUAGAGCAAGCCCUGGAAGACCUCAUUGUGAGAGAAGAUGAGGCUGAUCGAGACCAACAGGAGACAGCAGCACAAAAGAGGAAGGUAAAGGAAGAUAAGAAAGAUGCUGAGGAAGUGAGAAAGAGGGCAAUGGAGAGGCUGGGAGACAGAAUGAAAAGAAGUGAGAUUGAAGGAAAGGGGAAGAAAAGAAGAUCAAGUGGAAACAACACCCUGGAGUAUCUAAAGGAGAGGAAUGAAAUGUUGGAUGAAUUUAAAAAAGAGGAGCUGGAGCUGAAAAAGCAGGAGUUGCAGCAAGAAGCCAAGAAGAAUGAAGCUAUGAUGAAGUUGAUGAGCCAGCAGCUGGCACAGCAACAGAAGCAAAUUGAUGGAUUCCAGACCAUGAUGAUAACCAUGUUUUCUAAAUUUUUGGAGAAGUGAACAAGAACUGCUUGAGCAGAUUUCAUAUGAGUGUGCAAGUGCAUGAUAAUGAUAUUGAACCUUGCCUUCUUGUUGUUCUAUUGAUACUUACAGUGUAUUUUAAAUUUUUUGAGUGUCAACCAUUUUCUCAAAUAUUGUAUUUCAAAAAGAGCAUUUAGAAUUGCUAUACUUGAAAACAUGUUGAAAAAAGUGUUACACUUGUUCUAACAAAAACAACAGCAUAGCAUAUUACACUGUAUAUACUUUUUUAUCUUGGAUUGUAGUAAAUAAAUGAUUACUUCAUUUUCAUAGGUUUGUUCUUCAGUUUUAGCAUAUAGCAUAAUAUUGGGGGUGGGGGAAAAAGACCUUGUUUUCCAUACGAAUCACUGCUUACAUUUAGAAAUUCCAGAGGGGUGGGGGUGACAUUGCACCCCCUUCCAUGGACAGAGUAUGGAUAUUAUUUUUUUGGUGUCAAAAUCCUAGACACAAAAGGCAUUUUGGAAAUCUGUGAAGCACUGCUCAUCAUACUAAGAAAGAAAUUGAUGCAGACUUAACAGUAUCUGGGCGACAGCUGCCAUUAAAAGUUUUGUCAAGAACCCUUGGUUCCCUGUAAUAUUUCUUAUGUGUAUAAUUCCUUGUGGAGAUUUUCUGUUAAAACAAGCCUACAAACCAAAAACAUUCAGCUAUGCCCUCAAGUAUGAAUGACACUUAAGCAAAGUAAUCUUCCAGAGAUGGAGGGUCUAACUGGAAAAACUCAGAGGUUGUGUUACCAUAAAGGCAAGUAAGUGCAUUCCUAAGUAAGGCACAGACAAUGUACAUUUUCCCAAUGGGGCUUAAAUCCAGCUUCAAGUCUUUCUUAAAAUCUAAAAAUUUAAAAUAGUUAAUGAUGUCCCCAAAAAUCCACUCGACUGAGGAACGAACUUUACUCAUGGACUCAUUGAAACUUUGCAUCUGAUGUGUCAGUACUCCAUACUGAAAUGGUCUUUGCAGAUGAACACGGUGGGGAUAUGCUGGAUCACCAUAAAUACACAUUGCCUGGCCAGUUGGUGAAAAUGCAUGCCUCUCGAGCUCAUUCAACAGACCAGACUCAUCCAGCAUUGAUGCAUCAUGUUUUCUCCCUUCUGUAAAAGAGAUAUAGUGGAGUUUUGAAAUAUUGUUGAUGUUGAGCUUACAAUCUUGAAAUUUAAUACUUCCUUCAAACCAGUUACAGUAAUACUAUGUAAAGCCAAAACCCUUGUGACCUUGAUAGAUAUGUGUGCUUAUUUGAGGCUCAACUCAU